UAUGUUUUCCAUUGUAAUUAAUUGCUUUUUUCCAAAAAACUAUUUCAUUGAUAGUGCAAAAGCAGUAGAACCUGCACGAGGCAAGGUUCACAUUCCCAGAAAGUUACACGUGACUCACACAUCUGUGAACUUCACUGCACGGCAUAGCUAAAUUUGCAUCCGUAACUGCACACAGGAUGAAGUGUGCCGACGAAACAAACAAGAUUUAGUUUCCUGUUUUCGUAGUGAAGUAAUAUUUUAUGUUUAUAAUUGUAUAUUAAAUUUAAAAAAAAAAUAUGUCAGAAAUUGACAAAUGGGAAGUAAUGGGGAAGGAUAAAUAUUUGCCUGAAAAGGACCUGAAGCUUUUGAAAAUGGUCACUGCUCUUGAAGAAAUUGAUGACGAAUCUGGAUCUGAUUUAAGUGAAUCUAAUAAAAGACAAAUGGAGAUCGACUCAGAUAACGAUGCAAUAAAGCGAUCCCACCAAAGCCUUUCAAAUGGUACGUAUCAUUUUAAAAUAUUAGUACCGUCUAUAGCUGCUGGAGCUAUCAUUGGCAAAGGUGGGGAAACCAUUGCUCAGUUGCAGAAAGAAGCGGGUGCCAGAGUCAAGAUGUCUAAGGCAACAGACUUUUAUCCUGGUACAACAGAACGUGUUUGCUUGAUUACUGGCAGCAUCGAAGGAAUCCUGCAUAUUCAUGAAUUCAUAAUGGGAAAAAUCAAAGAAAAACCAGAUCCUAAUGCUAAAAUGGCAAUAGAUUUUGAUCACAAGCAACCAGCGGAACGAGAGAAACAGGUCAAAAUAUUGGUUCCUAAUAGUACGGCAGGGAUGAUUAUGGGUAAAGGGGGUAGUUACAUUAAACAAAUUAAGGAAGAAAGUGGUGCUUAUGUACAAAUAUCUCAAAAGUCCAAAGACUAUGCCUUAGCUGAACGCUGUAUUACUGUUAUUGGUGAAAUGGAUAGCAACAUAAUUGCCUGUCAAAUGAUCCUAGCUAAAAUAGUAGAAGACCCCCAGAGUGGCAGUUGUUUAAAUGUUAGUUAUGCAGAUGUCACUGGCCCAGUGCCAAAUUUCAAUCCAACAGGUUCUCCAUAUGCUAAUCCUGAUAGUGUUCCUAAUGGUACAAACAAAAGUAAUAACACAAGUUAUAAUUCAAAUAGUAGUUUAAACAGUCUCAGUCCUACAGCAAAUAGCAGUUUUCAAACCCCUCAAACCAGUGCUGCUUCUGCCCAUGCAGCUGGAACUGUUACGUUUCCUGACAUGCGUAUGAGUGGCCCAUCUAUUCCUCCUGGUAGUAUUGCUCAGAUGAUUGAAAAUUUAAAACAAAUGCUGAGAGGAAACGGCUUUUCGGAACAAGCAAUUUCAGAGAUUAGUGCAGCUAUGAUUACACUCGCUAAUUAUGGAAUCAAUGGACUAAAUUUAAAUCUUAAUUGUUUUAGUGGAGUAGGUGAAGCUCCUGUUGAUAGUAAUCUUGGAAUGGGGAUGCCAAGUUCAGCAGCAGCUAGUUGUGCUAUGACUUCUGGAGGAGUCACCAACAUGGGCUUAUAUGCACCUGCCACCAGUAUGUUGGGCAUGGAAGCUGCUUCUAGCUCAGUCUCAGCAUCAGGUCACAUUGGAACGGCUUCGAAUGUCUUUAGUCCCAUAGGAAAUUUUAAUAGUGGAAUGCCUGGAUUAGGCAUGGGUGCCAUGGGACCAAGCUUUUCUACUCCAACCUCAUCCCGCUCUAAUGACCGUUUCCUCAUGCAAGAAGCACCUCCUGUCUUUGAACCUUUUCGUAGAACCUCACCUACCCUUGCUUCACCGAGUGCAGCUGCCUUACCUGUAAAUAAUAAUUCUUUUGGAUUGGGGACUGGAUUGAGCUCUGGGUCGUCUAGUUUAAGAAAAAGUCCAGGGCCUGGAGAUAGGCAAAUGAUUGAUGUCACAAAGACUGAGAUUGAAGUAGGAGAAAAUAUAGUUGGUGCAAUAUUGGGUCCUUGUGGAAAAGCAUUAGUGGAAAUUCAGAAGUAUAGUGGAGCUAAUAUUCAGAUCUCUAAAAAGGGCACCUAUGCUCCUGGCACACGAAAUCGUAUAGUCACCAUUACUGGUCUGCCAGGUUCAGUCACUGCUGCUCAGUAUCUCAUUGAAUCGCAAAUUGCUGAAGAAGAAAUCAAAAGAGCUCAUCAGAAUAACAUGGGUGUUAUGCAUUAACAAGAACUUCAUAUAGCUUCUUCCUAUUAUACCUUCACAUGGCUUAUCCAUAUUUCCUCCGAGUUCAAAAAGAAAAUUAUGUGUGAUGCAAAGCUGUUGGUGAUUUGAAUCCAAGCACCUAUUUUUUUUUUUCUGUGGUUUUGAGAGAAUAAAUUUCCUGCUAAAUCAAAUCAUCUUAGCAUUAUUAUAUUCAACAAGGCUUAUUUCAUUUGAAAUGAACUGAAGUAAUUCAAUUUACAUUCAAUGUUUGAUGGCAGAGUGCAGCAGAUUGUGUAUUCAGGCGUAUCUGAAGUCCCAUUUAAGAUUAUUCCAAGGACUGAUUGUUAUUGUUAUUUAAGUCACGUUAGCUAUUUGAUGCACUUCUGCUACGAACUUCAUAAACUAUCUUAUUAGUAUUGCAUUAUUUAAUUCUUUUGUACCUUUGUGGGAAAUCUUGUUCUCUGACUUAACAGAUUAUAUUAAUAUCUUUUAUAAACAAAAAUUGUUUUUUUGCUAAGUCAUUUUGUGUAAUUUGCUUCUUUUUUUUUUUUUCCUUUUGUUAAAAGUUGAUGUGUUUCUUAAGAGAAUGCAUGCUAUAGAAACAGGGAUGCCAACUAUCACAAUUUUCCGUAAUUUCUAUGAGUUUUAGUUCCAAUUACGGAAUUACAGAAUGCCUUAAAAGCCUAAAAAAUAGCAUUUAUUGAUACUUCCUUAUUUCUUAAUUUAAAACAGUCUCUUAUAUUUCGUUUCGUUAAUGUGAAUCUUUCUUUUUUUAUUUACAAUUGAACUUAUUUUUUUAUUCUGUUGUAGAUGUGAAGUAUUUGUAAUCCUUUUGAAACUAUUAAGACUCAGAGGUGUCAAUUUUUUAAAAUUAAAUACAUUGAAAUGCAUUUUACUGUAUCAAAUGUUUAGUUUUAAAUUAUAAUAUUAGGUACUAAUUAUAGAGAAUAACCUCCUUUACUACAGAAGAAACGUUACUGCAAGUUAGCAUCCCUGCAUAUUAUAGGAAUUACAUUUUUAUCAUAAACAUUCUUUGUAUAACAUUGUAAUUUAGAGUGUGAUGAAAUAUUUAUUUUUUAGGAUUAUUAAAUUUUACAAAUCUUUUAUUUAUGCUUACAUGAUCUUGUCUAGUUAUUUGAGAAUAUCAAAUUCCUUACUGUUUUUAAGUAUAUAAAAGAAUCAAAUUCUUACUAAAUCAACUGAGAGAUUUUUAUUCGCAAAUGUAUGGUCUGGACUCUAUUUAAGUUGAAAAAUAUAUGGCUAUAAGAACUAUAGAAAAAAAUUGCAUGUAUUUGUCUUGUCCUUUACUAAAAAGAUAUUAUUUAGCUUUAUAUUUUAAUCAUUAAUUUUAUCAAAUGAUUCAAAUAUAAUUCUGGUUGUAAGUAAAUAUAUUUGUGUUAUUAAAUGAAUAUUAUUGUUAUUAAUAGAUAUAAAGUCAUAUAUUAUAAACAUCUUAUAAGUUAUUGAGUUCAUUCAAAAUAUUUUUAUUUUUGAAUAUUUUGUUAUGAAAAAAUUAUUUGUUUUUGUUAUUUUGUGUGUUGUUAUUUUUCUUAUUUGUCGACUCAAUUUUAUGCAUGUAAUUAGGUUUACUGUUUGUUUUAAUUUUUCAAUCUUCUAAAAGCAUAUCAGAAUUCUAUCUUUUUUUUUUAAUAAAAAAAUAUCUUAAUAAAAAAGAACUUCAGUUUUUAAUCUAUUAUUUUUUUAUGCAGUGGUAAGAAAUUAAAAAAAAAAAAAAUUAUAGUUUUUAAAUUUUCAUGUUUAUGUGCUUACAUAUCUCAUAUUUAAGUGCCUUUUGUCUAGCUCUGAUAAUUUACAUUACUUUAUUUACAUUACCUUAUACUUCUGUAAAUUGUGUAAGCUAUUAACAAUAAUAGCUCAGAUAAUUUUAGUGACUAAUUGCAGGAUGAAAUAUUUUGAGGAAGUGAAUUCAUAGUUAAAAUGAUAAUUCAGACUUAUGAUCAAUUUGAUUAAUUAAAAAAUACUUACAUUUAAUCAGCUUUCAAAUAAUUUUCCAUGUAGAAUGUAUAUAUUCAUACCAUAGUAUAAAUUACCAUAAUUUAAUUUGUACUAGUGAUAAAAAUGACAUGCAAUACAUCCAGUCACUAUGUAUUGAUCCAUUACUGAGAAAGUGCAUAUUACCCAUUUGCAUACAUGUAAAUAAAACAUAAAAAGCCACAGCAUUUACAUCAUUUCCAUUAUUUAGUUUACAGAUUACACAUGUCUGAGCAUAUCUAAUUUAUUUAAUUUUUUAUUACUUAUGUACUGUGCAAUAAAAUUUUGAGUGUAAAAAAAAAUGUGCAAUGUGUGUCACAUAGAAAUAAAGCACUUUGGCUAUAUUUUUGUCUUUUUUAUGUGUCACAUAAAAAUAUAGCACUUAGACUAAUCUCUGGUUUGGUUUUCAUGUGACUCAUAAAAAUAUAGCACUUUAGCUAUAUUAAGGCUUUGUUUUAUGUGACACAUUAAAAUGCAGCACUUAGACUAUAUUUCAGACUUUUUUUUUCAUGUGACACAUAGAAAAAUGUAGCACUUGGGCUAUAUUUCUGUUUUAUUUUAUGUGAUACAUUCUGCAUAAAAAGAUGCUAUGCAUUGAAAAGUUUAUGAUAAACUUGUGGUGUAUUAUCCAAACAUUAAUUCUUCUAUCUUCAGAUUUUUUUUUUAUUGUGUAAUCUCUGUAAGAAAACUAUUUCUGUUAAACUGUUUCAGAAAUUUAUUGAUAUCAUGUUAUUUAAUACAUACUUUUUCUCGCCAAUUCCGCAUAUUAGUAUUGCUAUAUGCUUUAGAAAAGCAAUGUUAUCACCUGUCACAUAAUCACAUUCAUCUUUAUUUGCAACUUCAUGAUUAAUAUUAUCGUGGCCAAUGAUAUUUCAUUUCUUUUUUGAUGACAUAUAGUCUGCUGUAAAUUUUAGAACAGGUUUUUCUUUAUUGGCAACAUUCUUUAAUGCAGACAGAAUUAUCUCCUCUUUGUAUUAAAGAAUGGUGCAUUGUUAUGAUUUCUGUAAUUUAAAAAACUAUGAAAUAUAUCACUAAUCUGCCUCAUUUGUUUUGUGUCAUAAGUCAUCAUACAUAUUUCAAAAUAUUAUUAUAAUACAUAUUAAUGCUUGAAUUAACUGAAAUUCACAUAAAAAGAUUGACAUACUUAAAAUAUUUUAUAGAAAUUCCUUGUGUUUUAUUCCUCAUUAGAAUUAUUAAAUGAGAUAAACUUUUGAAGUUUUCUUAUUUGCUUGAUGAUUUGCAUAAAAAUAUUCAUUACGUUUUGAAAAAUUGUUCGAAUCAUGUGCAAUUUUAAAUAAUAAGAACAGUUCAUAAAUUAGUGAAUAUUAAUUUUAACUCUUAGUACUCGGAGCGCUUAUCUCAAUGAGAAUCGCUCCGGUAAGUUUGAAUGCUGUUUAAUUAUUUUUAUUUAUUUAGUUUUUUUAAUAGUUUAUGCUUUUUAAAAAAGAUUGUAUUUUUAAUAUUUUCAAGUUGAUGAAAACUAAUGUGUAGAAAUGUUUUUUUUUUCCUCCUUUCUAUUUUGUGCUUGCAUUGAGAGAACUUAGGGAAACUUUAAAUCUAAUUUAUAACUGCAGUAGAGCCUUAAUUACCUAAAGCAUAAUGGACUGGAAAUUUUUCUGAUGUUUUAAGUUGGAUUAGAGGUGAGAUAGCUUCUCUAAACUACUGUAUUGCACCAAUUUGCUACAAAAUUUAAGUUCUUGUUCCAAAAGUUGCUCUAAAAGACUUGUUUUAAAGGACUUGUUUUAAAAAUAUGCUCAGAAAUAUAUUCUUCAAAAUUUAUAUUAACUAGUUCUGAAAAAAUGCACCAAAAUAUACUUUUUUCUCCAAUUUUUAUUAGACUUGCUCUAAAUAUAUGCUCCAAAAUAGCAUUAGAUUCGUUCUAAAUUUUUUUUGUUAGAUUAUAGGAAAAGUUGUAAUUUCGUACUUUCUAUUUAUUAUUUAUUCUGCAUUAAAACAACAAAAGAAAAAUAUCUAUCUUAAAACAGCAAUAAGUAGAGUAAAAUUGCCUUCAUUCAGAAGUAUGAAUUUUGAAAUUUUAUAGAUUAUUUCAAUUGCAAAAUUCAGAAAUAUGAAACUACUGCUUCAACUCAUUACAAAAUACCUUAUCACAACGACAAGUUUAUCUGAUAGAAAAAUUAAAUUUCAAUAUUGUUUAGAAUACAAAAACAGUUGUAAGAUUUUAUCACCAAUUAUUGUAAAGCAAAAAAAAAAAAUCCUAACCUAAAGUAAAUCUUUCAAAAAUAUUUUUUAUAUUGAGCUACUAAAAGAAAGCUAGCGACACUGAAUCUGUCUAAGUUAUUGUAAUUUGAUUAAUCAUGAUUGCAAGAAUAAUUUAAUUUAAAUUCUAUGGAUAAGUGAUGUCUGGUUAAUCAAAAUAUGUAAAUAUCUGAAGUCUGGUUGAUUGAAGCUCUACUGUAUACUAUCCCGAUAUAUGUUUAAGUAAUAAAGAAAAAAAGCUGUUUGGAAUGUUAGGUAAAUUUUUUUUUUUGUGUAGUAUUAAAAGACUAACUAAUGUGGAGUAGGAAUUUUCUACUCCGCACACAUGAAUAAUUUAUCGUGAGAAGAGAAUUACCUCUAUAAUUAUUCAUAAUCAUUUGUAUAAUAUAUUAAAGAGGCUUAUUUGCAUACUUAUUAUUUACUUGUAUUUAUUUAUGGUGGAUUUAUUCAAAAAAAAAUAAUAAAUAAAGAAAAUCUACUGUACUAAUGGUCUCUGUAUUCCUAAUGAACGCAGAGGUAUCCUACAGAUAGAUCAUUCUGGAUGAUUUAAUAAUUAGUGUUCUAAUUAGUGAAAGAUUAGAACACUGAGGUGAAAUACUGUGUGUGAGUUUCAAAUGUGGAUUGUAUGUGAACAUGUUCAUUCGCACGAUGAGUGUGAUUGGCCUCUAAUUUUAAUGUAUCUAGAAAUUAAUCACAAAAUAUUCUUAAAGUGAAUGCUUAUAUUAUUUAUUUGUUUGUUUUGUUUGAUGUUAAACUAAUUUAUUAGGGAUAUUUAUACAUAUUUUCAAUGGUCUGUCGGCUUUUUCUGUUGCUAUAUAAUUAAUUCAGUGAUUGGUGUUUCUCCCCUCCCCCUCCUAAUUGAUUAUUGAUUAUAUUUUUCCUGUUGAUUUGAUAUUUUGCUUGAAUCAUCUAAUUGCAAUUAUCAGGAUAAUUAUUGUUAACUACUAAAAGUGCUAUUAUCACUUUAUUAUAAGUGCUAUUAUCAAAUUAUUAAAAAUUAAUGUUAUUAGUCUUAUAAAAUGGAGAUUUUUUAGAAUAACCAAUUAUAAGUUCUUGUAACUGGGCUUAAAAAAAAAAAUCUGAUCGCUCGUGUCUCGACUCGCAUUAAAUCCUGAUAACAAAACUAUUGAAUGUAAAAAAAACUCUUUUUGCAUAGGAAUUCAUUGUAUAAUAUAUAUUAGUGAAUUCUAAUUGUUAUUUAUGAUUGUACAAAAGGGCUGGAUAUCCCUUUAUUUCAGAUACAUUUCUAAAUUUCGUAAUCAUGAUCAUAUUUUUUUAUGCAUACUUAAUUUCUAUGUUAAAUUUAUUGAGUAGAAAGAUUAUCUUGUCCCUUUAAAUUUAUUUUCUUUAUUAGAAUUUUUAUUUAAAUGCAGUUGAGUGAACUAUGUAUAGGUUUAUCCCAUGUCUAAUGGACCAUCAUUCAGCCCGGCAUCACAGUUUCCAAUUUUGAUAAAAUGUAGUUUAAAAAUGUCUAGACCUGUCAAGCUAAGUUUUGCAAUGACUAAGCUUAACACUAAGCAGUAAAUGACAUGGGACGAAUAAACUAACUAAUAACUAAACUAAUAUGGAAAUUAUGUUUAACCUUAGACGUUAGGCCCUUAGAUUUUAUAUAGAAUUGAUGACAAAGUCACCUAACCCUAUAAAUUUGGUCAAAUUGAGCUUGUAAUAUUUGAUCAAGAAGAACCUUAAAUAAAACUAUGAUAUGGAAAAGUUUAGCUUAACUUUUAGUCUGAAAAAUCUAGGUUUUAACUUUGGAUUAUAUGUAAAUUUGUAGAUGCUGUAAAACUGAAUUCUACAAUGUUACAAAGAGAGCAACAUAUUAAGAUGGUAAAAAAAUCUUAAAUGGAAUUAUAAUAUGAAUAAGUUAGGCUUAACAUUUUAAAUAUAUAGAAUUUGUCCUCAGAUUUCACGUAAAUUUGUGGACAUCAGCGAUAACUUGGCAUAUCAAACUAUGUUCUGCAAUAUUUAAAAAUAAGCUAAGCAAUUGAAACUGCACAAGGAAAGUCUAAAUUAAGACUAAAUACGAAAAAGUUAAGCGUUACUUUAUAUUUUAAAAAUAUGUAAAUUUUAUUUCCAGAUUUCGACUUGAUUUGUUCAUACUCAUUAAGGAAUGCUAUUGUACUUCUAAAAAAUAUAAAUUUUUCAAAUUAUUGCAACAAAGAUAAUAUAGAAAGUGUUAGUUAUUUUUAAAGCUUCACAUUUCUUGUUUGAAUGGUUUUAUUUUAACUAGCAUUAGAAACAGUAAAUUGUAAUUUUAUUACAAUGCUUAGUUAAUUUAUUUACCUUUUAGGAUUUGCAUUUUAAUUAUUAAAUUUAGCCUGAUCCUGAUGAAAAAUGAUCCCUCUAAAAUUUGUUAAAUAAUAAUUCUCUGUUUAUGAUGUAUAUUACGAAAACUGAAAUAGAGACAUUCAAACGGAGUAUGGGAAAAUUUAAACUUUCUGGGAAACAUAAAAUGAAAUUGAAAUAGACAUUCUAACUUGAUUAGUAAUAAUUCUCUGUUUAUAAUAUUAAUGAAAAAAUUGAAAUAGACAUUCGAAUAGAGUACGAGAUAGUCAGUGUUUUAAAAAAAAAUCCUAAAGAUUAUUAUUUAAAUUACUAUUUUCGAAAAUUUUUCUGCUCAACCAGCUUAUGCCGAUUUUCAAAAUCACAAAUCUUUUACCUGCUUAAAAUUUAAGCUGCAGUAUUUAAUUUGACAGAGAAAGGUAUCAAAAUUAGAAACGGUGACGCCACCCCUGGUCCAGAUGAAUUGAAAUGUCCUUAAUUUAUUUUCAAAUUCUAGUUAUUUGUUUUAUAUUUUCUAUUUAAAUGAACUUGAAGGGAAAAAAAACUUAGGAAAAACUGACCACUUGCAUUGUUGAUUAAAAAAAAAAAAUUUAAACUUAUAAUUAUUUGUAACUGUAUUUUUAACUAUGUUUAAUAUCUUUGAUUGUGUUUACAUCUUGAUAGUCUGUGAUAUUGUUGGUAAUGGAUGAGACAUCAUCAAUUUUAUACAUUCACUACAAAGCAGGAGCUUUGAAUGGCUUUCUGUGUAAGAUUCAACGUUUCAAUGAGUUUUCUACAUUUUGUAAAAUGAAAUGAGGUUUUGUUUUUAUUUAAACAUAAAAAUUAUUUUUUGUUUUCUCAUCUUACUAAAUUUGGUGUCAAAUUUAAGUCUACUAAUACUCUAUGUUAAUAUUUGACUGCUUUGUAAAGAACAUUAUCUUUUGAAAAAUAAACACAUAUGAAUCAGGA